AGCCAUACGUUCUGUAGUUAAUAGUUAGGCUUUACCCUUAUUUUUCAUACUUGUUCCUAGCUUAUUUUAUAUAAAUAGGGGGAAAUGUGGAGUUUACUAUUUAUUUCGGGCUAUUCUGUGAUUUAUAGAUAACCUGGGGGUAUAAAAUCAACGAUAACGUUAAAAGCUUGACCUGUAAACUUCAAUUUGAAAACGCCGUCACAAGAAAUGGAAGACGAGGAUCCGAGAUCCGAAACCGUAGACGAGGCACUGCAGAAGAAGCACCAUGACAUGCUCGAACGCUUCUCCGCUCGCCACCAAGCUCGUAAAUCCGAUUCAGCUUUCUCUUCUUCUUCAUCCUCCACGUUCGAAUCGACCUCCUCGUUCCUCUCCCAAUUCGCCGACUCCAAACGAUCAAUCGAGUCACGAAUCGCCGAGCUACGACUCGCCUCCUCCUCCUCGGAAGAUUCAUCCAAGAUCAGAUCCGAUCUCGCGGAGAUCUCAUCAUCGAUCGACGAUCUCGAGAAGCUCGUCGCAGCCAACUCCUACUUCCUCCCCUCGUACGAAGUCCGAUCCUCUCUCAGAUCCGCAUCCGACCUCAAACAGAGCCUCGACGCCCUCUCCGCCGCCGUACUCCCGAAGAAGAAGUUCUCCUUCAAGUCCAAACCGUCUUCUUCUUCCGCUACAAAGAUCCAGAAACGCGAUCUCGCUCCUCCACCAACAAACGUCGUCGUACGCGAUUCUCCGGGAUUCAGGAACAAACGAGGAGAGACUCUCGCGAAAAGCUUCAGAUCCUCCUCCUCGUCGUCGUCGAUGGGAGAGUUCACGUUGUCAGAUCUCGAUUCGUGCCGAGUGCAUUUGACUGGAACAGUCAACGCUCUCUUCAUCCACCGGUUGAGGAACUGCAGCGUCUACACAGGUCCUGUGCUCGGUUCGAUUCUGAUUGAUGACGUGGAGGACUGCGUCCUCGUGGUGGCCUCGCAUCAGAUUAGGAUCCAUCGCGCCAAGAAGAGUGAUUUCUAUCUGAGAGUGAGGAGUCGUCCCAUUAUAGAAGACAGCAGUGGAGUCAGGUUCGGGCCUUACUGUUUGGGCUACGGAGGGAUCGAGGAGGAUUUGAAGACGGCGGGUUUGGAGGAGGAGACCGAGAGCUGGGCCAAUGUUGAUGAUUUCUUGUGGCUCAGAGCUGUUCACUCCCCUAACUGGUCCCUCUUGCCCCAAGAGGAAAGGCUUUCUUCCGUUUCUAUUUCCGGAGAAGGAGAUUCUUGAUCUCGAAAUGAUCCAAUCUUGACUUGUUGAGAUUAGGUUGUUGAUUUGUCAUGGCCCUUGAAUCGUUGGAGAAUAAUUGCUCAGUAUCAGAACAAAUGUUGCUUGUUUUCUUCUGGUAUCAUCCUUCAUUUGGUAAUGUUAACCAGCAAAGCCUUUCAUAGUU